AUUAUUUGAAACAAAAUGGCGAGUUGGGCAGCUAAUGAAAGAAAAUAUCCUAGUGAAGACGAUUUGGAUGAUUACGAAUACGACACAGUCGUGAGUAAGCUUGAACAGACGCAAAACAGAGUACUUGGUAGUACGUCUCGAUCUUUGGGCCUUAUUGAGGAAUCUCAUGACAUUGCAAUCAAAACAGCGGAAGAAUUGCAACGACAAGAAGAAAGUCUUAAUCGUACUGAACGAAAUUUAGAUAAUAUAUCGCGCGACGUGGGUACAGCCAACAGACAUAUCAAGUCAGUGCAAAGUAUUUGGGGGGCUAUUGGAAACUAUUUUAGUAAACCAAAGGAAUCUACGAUUGCGAAACAUGAAAAGGAAAAGUCUAUUGUUGAAGAAACGACGUUAAAUCAUAGCACGGAAUUAAGGCUCGAUUAUGCUGAAAAAGAUGUUUUGCCAGGCUAUGACAGUCCAGGACAAGGUACUGAAAGCUUUGAAAAACAAUAUGACACUCACUUGAGUGAAAUAUCUCGUGGACUCAGUAUUUUAAAAGACGAUGCUUUAGUUUUGGGUCAAACCAUUGAUCGCCAUAAUGAUAUCAUAACAAGAAUUGAAGGAAAGGUUGAAAGAGUAGAUGACGAGGUUGGACUGGCUGACAAAAAGAUUCGGAGGAUCCUGGGAAAGUAAUGAGCUUUAGUAGUCGUACAAUGCUUACAUGCAUAAAACCAAGUUGUUGUCUUGUCUACUACAUACUUUGAAGAUCAUUUAAUGUAAAAAUAAUAUAUACUAUUAUAAUGGCAUGGAAAUUUCAUUACAGAAAUUUGGUGUGAAUAAUUAGAAGCCAAUUGGAUUGGUUCUUCUAACCCUAAAUAUAUCAUUUGUAUGUCAAUGAUUUUCCCAGUGUUUUCUGUUUGACUGUACUUAGCGAAGCAAACCUGUUUUACUCCUACAAUGAAAAUAUUUUAUAUAUUUUUUCACUGGUGAAACAAUGAUUGCACUUAUUUUUCUAAAGUAAUAAAUGAUAUUCUUGAAAAAUUUA